CGUGCACAGGGAGGGGGCGGAUGAAGAGGCGUCCUCUGGGCCCUGAGGAGUCUUCAGGGUUUGGAGGAGGGGCGUGAGUGCGCGGCAAAACGGGCGGGAAGGAGCAAAAAAGGAUUAGGGCGCGCGCCGUGGCUGUUCCUGUUCUCACAGUCGCGAGGCCCAGGAACCAGUGUUGCACGAGGGGAAGGCGGGACGCCCAGGGUCAUCUUUUAAGCAUGCAGCUGAACUUGGUUUUUUCAAUUUGAGAGUAUCUUUUAACAGCUCUCAGGGCCAUUUCUGAGCAAUAGAGGUUACAAGUACUCCACUGAACAACCAGUUCCAAAUCCCGUCCUCAAAUCCUGUGCUCCUGUUCCAAAUGGUAAUAGAUGCCUAAUAUUUCUUUUAUAUAAAAGAAAUGAGUAUAGCUAGUAUUGCAUUAAGAGUUGAAACCUGGCUUUUAGCUACAUGGCAUGUUAAAGUGCCUUUAAUGUGGCUGGAAGCUUGUAUUAACUGGAUCCAAGAAGAAAAUGAUAAUGUUAAUUUGAGUCAGGCACAAAUGAAUAAACAAGUGUUUGAGCAAUGGCUCCUUACUGAUCUGAGAGAUUUGGAGCAUCGUCUUUUACCUGAUGGCAUUUUAGAAGUUCCAAAAGGAGAACUGAAUGGAUUUUUUGCUCUGCAGAUUAAUUCAUUGGUUGAUGUAAGUCAACCUGCGUAUGCCCAGAUACAAAAGUUGAGAGGAAAGAAUACAACCAAUGACCUAAUUACAGCUGAAACACAAGUAACCCCAAAACCUUGGGAAGCAAAGCCUUCACGAAUGUUGAUGCUACAGCUAACUGAUGGAAUUGUACAAAUACAGGGGAUGGAAUAUCAGUCUAUUCCAGCUCUUCAUAGUGAUCUUCCUCCAGGUACAAAAAUUUUGAUUUAUGGAAACAUUUCUUUCCGUCUUGGUGUUCUCUUAUUGAAACCAGAAAAUGUGAAGGUGUUGGGAGGAGAAGUAGAUGCUCUUUUAGAGGAAUAUGCCCAAGAAAAAGUUCUUGCAAGAUUAAUUGGGGAACCUGAUCCUAUAGUUCCAGUCACACCAAAUAAUUCUAACCAAAGCAUCCCCAGAAUUACAGAUGGUCUACAGCCUGCGUUAGGACCUUCUGAUGAAGAACUCUUGGCAAGUCUUGAUGAAAACGAUGAGCUUGCAGCAAAUAAUAACACCUCUUUGGAAAGAAGUUGUUUCAGCACAGGUAGUUCUUCAAAUACUUCAAAUACCAUCAGACAGUCAGAUUUUGAACCAAGACUUGUUAUUUCUCCAAGACCAAAGGAGAAACCACGAAACCAGUCUAUGCUUUUUACUGAUGAGGAAUUAGAUGACUUUUCAUUGGAGGAGGCCUUGCUUUUAGAAGAAGCUGUCCAGAAAGAACAAACAGAGACCAAAGAAUUACAGCCACUGACUUUGAACAGAACUACAGAUGAAAGUAUAGAGAGAUUUUCACGUAGAUCUAAUACUCUGAAUAAUUUUUCUUUGAUUUGCAAAAAUGGAAAUAAUAAUUGGAGUGAAAAAAAUUUAUCUGAGCAAAUAACUAAUGAAGACAAAUCUUUUAGUUGUCCAUCUGCUAGAGACCAAAACAGUAGUAUUGUUUCAGUUAAUCAUAAUGUACCCGUACCCCAUAAUUUUACAAAUAAAGAUAAGAACUCAGAGACAUAUAAUAAAAUAAAACAAACCAGCAGUUCAGAGGGACAUUCCUUAAAUAAUAAAAUAUUAAAUGGAGAGCUGGUCAAUUAUGUACCAAGAAGUUGUUCACACAUUUCUAAUAAAAAUGAGCAACACUUACAGACUUGUUCUUCAAGAUCAUCAGAGAAUAGCACUAAUCUUUCUAUCAGCAUGGAUUUAUAUUCUCCACCUUUUAUCUAUUUGUCUCUUCUAAUGGCCAGCAAACCAAAGGAAGUUACAACAGUGAAAGUCAAAGCAUUUAUUGUAACCUUAACUGGAAAUCUCUCAAGUUCUGGUGGCAUUUGGAAUAUAACAGCAAAAAUUUCUGAUGGUACUGCAUAUCUAGAUGUAGACUUUGUAGAUGAAAUACUUACUGGUCUGAUAGGGUUUUCAGUGCUACAAAUGAAACAGUUAAAAAAGGAUCCUUGUAAAUACCAAAAGUUCCUGGAAGGUUUGCAGAAAUGUCAGAGAGAUCUAAUAGAUUUGUGCUGUCUAAUGACUAUUUCAUUCAAUCCCUCCUUGUCUAAGGCAACGGUACUGGCAUUACAAGAUGUUAAUGUGGAACACCUUGAGAACCUAAAGAGGCGAGUAAAGAAAUAAUUUAUUAGCAAGCAAUUUAAAAAAACAAGGAAAUAUUUAGAAUUAAGUUUGUCCUUUUACUUUUGCAACUUUCUUUUUGUAAAAGGGGAAAAGGAAGUUUCAUAACUGAUUUCAGUCUAAUUUUAAAAUGUUUAAUUAUGUUUGUGUGUGUAAGCUUUUUUAAUACAUUUUUUUAUAGUAACUGCUGAAGCAAUUUGAUGACCCACUGUUGUUGAGAAAUUUUGUUUUCCACUUGUUAUUUCACAUAAGGUGACUGCUAAAGUACUGUAUUGGUGUUUACUGAUGAAUCAUACUGUUGAAAGUUAACAAUUACAAAUAGGUAGUUGAGUACUUCUAAUAUGUAGAGUACCCCAAAAGAUUUGUUUAUAUUAUUUUUCUUAGUAAAAAAUGUAAAUCCAGUGGAUUAGAAUGUCAGACUCUCAGAUGCAAGUUGUUGUGCUGGUUUUUGUUUUGCUGAUUGGAAAUAUUUGUCUGGUAUAUUUAAAGCAAAUAUUAUCUUAACUAGAUACCAUUUCAGAGAUUAUAUUGAAUAGUUAAAAACCUUAUUUUCAACGAUAAUCUAUUAUUAUUAAGAAGAUCCAGUAAGUAUUUCAUUUUUUUUUCUGGAUUAAAAUAAGGUAUUUAUGCAUGUCUUUAGUUAUCUCCUUUCUUUUUUUUUUUUUUUUAAAUUUAUUUUAUUUUAUUUAUUUAUUUUUGGCUGUGUUGGGUCUUUGUUGCUGCACGCGGGCUUUCUCUAGUUGCGGCAAGCGGGGGCUACUCUUCGUCGUGGUGCGCAGGCUUCUCAUUGUGGUGGCUUCUCUUGUUGCGGAGCAUGGGCUCUAGGUGCGUGGCUUCAGUAGUUGUGGCAUGUAGGCUCAGUAGUUGUGGCUCGUGGGCUCCUGAGCGCAGGCUCAGUAGUUGUGGCGCAUGGGCUUAGUUGCUCCGCGGCAUGUGGGAUCUUCCUGGCCCAGGGCUCGAACCCAUGUCCCCUGCAUUGGCAGGCAGAUGCUUAACCACUGCACCACCAGGGAAGUCCCAGUUGUCUCCUUUCUGAAUUAGGUGUACAUGUAAGUUCUUCCUUUAGUUUUGUUGGAAGUGCUGUUCUUUUUUAAGGGAGAUUGUUCCCCCUGGCCCCCCACCCCCCCCAGAAAAAAACCAUAAGGAAGACUGUUUCCCACUUUUCCACCUUGCUGUUAAAAAGUCACAUUUGAAAGGUAAAAUUAUUUUUAUUAUUCUUUUGUCUUUAAAAAAAUCUAAAGUAUCUUGAAUUUUAAAACAUUAAACAAAUACUUAAAUAAUAAAA